UUUUUCAAAAUUCCUCCCUGUUGAUUUUCUACAAAUAUGUAUUAUAUUACAGCUGUGGUUAUUCAUUUACGUACAGAUCAAAUGUUCAAUAGCUUCCAGUCCAAAUUACACAUACAUCUAAAAUCACUUGAGGUUAGGUCUCUGAACUCCCUCGUCCAUAGUACCAAAGACACUCGUUAAGAAACAAAAAAAUUAACUAAAGUUGUUUAGAAACUCGUGCUGCCGCAUCAAGCUACUCCGGUCCUGGUGACAGCUGAUCAGAUGGGGGAUAGCCGACACUACGGAACUAGCUAUCCGUACAGCCGUCAACGAAAUCAGACAAAGGGGUGUGAGGAAGUAAAUGUUUUACACGAUUGAAUCAAGAAAGAGUGGAUUAAAUAUGAAUGUUAACUAGCUUGUUAGCUUAUUUUUUUUGAUAGCUACCGUGUUAUUUAGCAAGGUAGGCUACACGUUAGCUAGCGAGCCUAACGUAAACGCUUUUUCCCUAAAGCUUUUGAGGCCUGUUCAUCCUGACAGUUUAUUUUAUAGUUCGUUAACCGCGGACACAACCAGCUCAUUUGCGAGCUAUCUGCCAUCCGCAGCAGCAGGAUGACUGACGUCCCCAUCCGAAUCAUCAUGAGACGCCUCCACCAGGGCUCCAAAUGAUAUGAUAGUAGCUAGCUGGAUUGCAUUCUGUGCCAGCAGGAGCCUUGUGCAGGUUCUGCUGCUCUCAUUGGAGCAGUUAUCGCUACGGUUUUGGGAAAGCCUUGAGACAUCCGGGACUAUGGGAAACAGCUGCGUUUGUAGAGAAGAAAGUGACGUGGAGGAUGGAUCCGCAACUCGCAGGCAACUCAGGCGAGUUGAUCACCCCGCUGCCGAUCCCCCUGAGGCACGAAGCAGUCGGCCCCGGGACCCUGUCAGACCCCCACGGCGUGGCCGGGGACCCCAUGAACCCCGCCGGAAGAAACAAAACGUGGAUGGGUUGGUGCUGGACACACUAGCUGUGAUCAGGACUCUAGUUGACAACGACCAAGAGCCCCCCUACUCCAUGAUCACGCUGCAUGAGAUGGCAGAAACAGAUGACGGCUGGUUGGAGGUGGUCCAGUCUCUGAUCCGGGUCAUACCGCUGGACGACCCACUGGGACCAGCUGUGAUUACCCUGCUGCUUGACGAGUGCCCACUGCCCACCAAAGAUGCUCUACAGAAGUUGUCCGAGAUGCUGAGCUUGAGUGCCACUGUGGCCCGCCAGGAUGCCAUCAUCCCUUCUAAGCACCGCAACACUACUGCUGUACUGGGCUGCCUGGCUGAGAAACUGGCUGGUCCAGCCAGCAUUGGACUCCUGAGCCCUGGAACCCUGGGGUACCUGCUAGAGAGCCUGAGUUCUGAGGCCCAUCCUACUGUAAUGCUCUUUGCCCUCAUAGCCUUGGAGAAGUUCUCACAGACCAGUGAGAACAAGCUAACAGUGUCUGAGUCGUGUAUAAGUGAACGACUGGGGGUUCUGGAAUCGUGGGCUGACCACACAGACUACCUGAAGCGCCAGGUCGGCUUCUGUUCCCAAUGGAGCCUAGAUAACCUCUUCCUGAAAGAUGGCCGUCAGUUAACCUACGAGAAGGUGAACUUGAGCAACAUCAAUGCCAUGCUGAACAGCAACGACGUCAGCGAGUAUCUCAAGAUCUCUCCCAGUGGACUGGAGGCGCGCUGCGACGCGUCCUCCUUUGAGAGUGUACGCUGUACCUUCUGUGUGGACUCAGGCGUGUGGUACUAUGAGGUCACAGUGGUCACCUCCGGGGUCAUGCAGAUUGGCUGGGCCACCAAGGACAGCAAGUUCCUUAACCAUGAGGGUUAUGGGAUAGGAGAUGAUGAAUACUCGUGUGCAUAUGAUGGCUGCAGGCAGCUAAUCUGGUACAACGCUCGCAGUAAACCACACUCCCACCCCUGCUGGAAAGAGGGAGAUGCCAUAGGUUUCCUACUGGACCUCAGUAAGAAGCAGAUGCUUUUCUACCUGAAUGGACAUCAGCUCCCCUCAGAGAAGCAGGUGUUUUCCUCUGCAACGUCUGGCUUCUUUGCAGCAGCAAGUUUCAUGUCCUACCAACAAUGUGAGUUUAACUUUGGGGCGAAGCCCUUCCGCCAUCCCCCGUCUGUCAAGUUCAGCACCUUCAAUGACUUUGCCUCACUGGCGUCUGAUGAGAAGAUUAUCCUUCCCAGACACCGGCGCCUGGCCCUGCUCAAGCAGGUGAGCAUCAGAGAAAACUGUUGCACCCUCUGCUGUGACCAGAUGGCCGAUACAGAGCUGAGACCCUGCGGACACAGUGGGAUGUGUAUGGAGUGUGCCUUACAGCUGGAGACGUGCCCGUUGUGUCGCCAGGACAUCCUGACCCGUGUCAGACUCAUCUCACAUGUGUCCUGACACAUCACCUUCAAACCAGGACAUGAACUCUCCUCCCCUCCUAUCACCUUUAUCCCAGUAAUCAACCCGACCAAUAGGACUGUGAGGCUGUGCCAGGGUUCCUGAUCGGACCCUGGGCCUAAUGUGAGGAAGGAGUGAUGGGACCUGACAGAGCUCCAGGAGAGAUACAGUGUGGGGGAUAGUGUAGGGAGAAUAGGACAAGGAGGGGUAACCCUUUCUUCUGCUGCACUCCAUGGCGUGUUCUCUCUGUGAGGAGAUGGGGCCCCACACCACGUCUGGGAGCAAAAAAAGUGCUUGGAGAGUGAGGGGGCAGUGGGAGGAAGACAAUUAGAGACAUUACCAGGCAGCAGCAUUUCCAGAAUCACCCCAUCAAUCUUAAUGUCAUAAACUCAGUGUCUGCACAUGGAUCUGCCUAAUGUUCCCUCUCUUAGGCUCUGGUCAAUGUGUCCUGUGUAGCUCUGCUCAGAGGUUUUACAUGUAUCUGUGAUUCUCUUGUUUUAUUCUGACUAAACGUAAAGGCACAACAACGAAGAGACAGCCUUGGUUGGCUCAGUUGGCUGAGACAAUGAUGUUAAGGCCCUGCUCGAUCAUACAAUACUGAGCACAGAUUUGUCCCUCUCUCCUCUACUUGAAGCAUUUCUGGGUUGAGUAACCAUGCUGUUAUACAUGAGAUUGAACAUUUUAUGAAAUAACUGUUACUCAAAAUAUUAUUAUAUAUCUACAAUUCAAACCAAAUGUAAUGAAAUUGGGGUUAUUGAAAUCACAGCUAAUCACAUUUUAAUUAUGGGGUUAUAUGAAGUGGUUGUGGAAAAUCUGAAGGUACUACAUCUCAAUCAAUAUGAAUGACUAUAUUUGGCCACAGUGUGUAUAUAUGGAGGACCAGUUGUCUCCAGUCCAUUCCUGACAAUGAGUUAGUCAUGGAAGAAAUUAAGAGUUAAACGUUCAAUUGUAUCUGUCUUUAAUGGAGUAGCCCCAGGGGUCACAAAGAUGUGAUUUACUGAAUAAUCAUUGUUUUCUGGGUUAUGAUAAUUGUAAUAAAUGUAUUGUGUUGCAUAGUUGCUUGUCAAAGUUGCCAAUUUUAUUGACAAGAUUUAGCAGGCUAGCUACAUCACUACUAAACGCAUCAGCCAGAAUGUAUGAUGUGUAUGCCACGCCGCAUUAUCAUGGGACGAAAAUGAAAAUAAAUGUAGUCCAUGAUUGCAAUAAAGGACCUAUUAACGCA